AUGAAACCAGAAUUGUGGAUGGUCGCAAGAAUCACAGGUAGAUCAUUAAGCAAAUCAUGCAUAUUUGCUGCUGGUUUUAUUCCAACAUAUAUUGGUUUCGUAUUCAUGGGAAUCUCCUUCUUUGGAUACUUCUGUAACGUAUUUAAAGGAUUCUUGAGAACAAUUAAGGUUUUGUUCUCAAUUUUCCACUCCGACAUUGUCAUGGAUACUGAGGAAUUGGUCAAAGAAGCAGCUGUUUGUCCAGAUUGGCUUAUUUAUACUUAUAUCUUCGCAUGGACUAAUUUAACAAACGGAAUUAUCAUUAACUCAACAAUUUCAUUUGUUGAAUGUACAAUUGAUUUCCUCAUUGGUGCCAAAUGGAAGAAAUAUGGUCGUCCAAACGUUACUUAA